CCCCCUUGCUGUACUAAGGCACAUAAUCUUUCAACAUCCUUUGGUUUCCAAUUCCUAGAAUCGACGACUCCAUGUUGUUCUCUCUUAUGUUGUUUUAGGUUGUCCGAACGGAAAUACUCUUUUUUGCAGCCUUCAAUCAAGCAGCGGAAUUUUUGUUCAAGAUGUCUUCUCAGAUGUCUGUUUAAGUUGCUCCUGUUGGAAAACGAUCUAUUUUUGCAGGCUUCGAAAGAGCACUGGUGACACUCUUGUUGAUUACCUGGUAUGGAUGUUGGAGCAGUCGAGGACAUCGGAGCAGUCGAGGACAUCGGAGCAGUCAACGUUGGAACGGUCGCUGUCAGAGCAGUUGAGGAUGUCGGAACGAUCCAAGACGCUGGAGCGAUCCAGGGCGCCGGAGCAUUUGCUGUUGGAGCAGUUGCUGUUGGAGCAGUUGCUGUUGGAGCAGUUGCUGUUGGAGCAGUUGUUGGAGCGGUCGCUGAGGUCGAGGACGUUGGAGCAGUCGAGUACGUCGUCGCAUUCGAGAAAAUCGGAAAAGCCGAGGACGCCGUUGCAUUUGGGGAUAGAACAUCCACCUGGUUAUGUUCGGAGUUCAAAAGAGCGGCAAAUGAGAGACUCAUUGUGUGCAGUGCAGAAGAGAGCAGAGCAGAGCCAAGCCGAGCAGUGUGA